AUGUUACACUCAUAUUUUGGGACGAAAACGUUUGCAUUCUUGUCACCAGCUUUAGUGUCAAUCUAUGAAGGAAACCUUAUUUGUCCAUCAACCUUCACUUGCCCCUCAUCUCACCCCCGCCCGCCCCCUCCCUUCCUCCCUCCCUCCCUCCUUCUCUCUUACACAAACACAAAAUGGUCUCCAAGCAUCCUCUUCAUCUCUUCAUCUUCCUCCUCUUUCUACCAUUCUGGUCUUCGGCAAAAGACACCAUUAAUAGUGGCUUCAACGUCGAAGUCAUCCACCGCGACUCCCCCCUCUCUCCAUUCUACGAUUCUUCUACAACUCCUUUCCACCGCUUUACGGAAGCUGCCCGACGUUCUCUCGUCCGCAGCCGCUCCCUAUCGCUCCCCAUUCGCAUCCACCUCCUCGAUCGAAUCCAUUGUCCACCCAGACACUGCGGAACAUCUUAUGAAGUUCUCCAUAGGCACUCCCCCAGUGCCAGUCCUCGUCGUGAUAGACACAGGAAGCGAUCUUGUCUGGUCUCGAUGCAAACCUUGCAUUGACUGUAUUGGUCGCAGUGUCCCUCUCUUGGACCCUCAACAUUCCUCCACCUACACAGAGCUCUCCUGUGGUUCUCCUCGGUGCAAGGCUCUUGAUGCCUCAGCUUGUGACAAAGGGCCCAAGUGCAAUUAUACAUACGGAUAUGGUGACGGAUCCUCCACAUCUGGAGUUUUCUCAACUGAGACAUUGACAUUUGAUACGACAGACGGGGGCACCUUCUCGAUCCAUGACGUCGCAUUUGGAUGUGGGCACAACAACUCCAUCAGCUUCAACGAUCACUUAUAUGGACUUGCCGGCCUUGGACGCGGGUCUUAUUCACUUAUAUCUCAACUAGGCCCCAACAUUGGAGGAAAAUUCUCCUACUGCUUUGUGCCAUUUCAAGAGAACACAUCGACGAGCAUAAUGAGUUUUGGCGACCAAGCCGUGAUUAAAGGCAAUGGUGUUGUCUCGACACCACUACUUGGUGAAGAUUCUGGCACUUUCUAUUUUGUGAUUCUCGAGCACAUCAGCGUCGGAGGCACGAUGCUGGAGGUUCCACCACCCAAGGCUUCAGGCACUGGGAACAUGUUUAUUGACUCAGGGACAACACUGACACUAAUCGACUCCAAAAUUUUCCAGCAACUGAAACAAGCCCUCAACACAGCUGUUAAGCUACCGCCAACCACAGACCCCGGCAAGACCUUCUUGUGCUACAAUGCAACAUCUCGAGACGGAUUUCCGACAAUCACGUUCCACUUUGCCGGUAAUGCUGAUUUGGUCUUACACCCGCUAAAUGCAUUCACUGAGCCAUCACCGGACGGGUUGGUCUGCCUUGUCAUGUUGCCAACGGAUGGCAUGCCAAUUUUUGGUAAUACAGUUCAGCAGAACUUUCAUGUGUCCUAUGAUUUGGUGGGAAAGAAGGUGUCAUUUAAACCCACUCUGUGCUCCAAAGUUUCAAAGUAG